AUGAUUCUUUGUUGUUUGAAAAAGUACAUUAUGCAAGAAUAGACAUAAUUUUUUUUUACUAUAAUUCUAGUCGGCGGUCCUUGUUAGAUGCUCACUGCCCACCUAAAAUUCACAUCUCAGACUUGAACCACAUUUUGACAUUUACUCUAAUUAAAUUAGAUGGACCCGGAAGACAUUUUAAUGUCUAAAAACGUAUCAACUCGACAAAAAACAAACUGGACUUCGCGUAAUUCCAUUUGUCGCGCUGAGUGAAGCCAUGCCGUGCACACGACGGGUAUAUUUGUGGGAGUUGUUAGAAAGUUCAGUUUCGAUUUCUGCAAAGUGAACCGUGGGAGAAAGUGAAACUGAUGUGCUGUCGGCUAGCAUGGAGAGCUUGUCAAACAUGUACCGUCGCGCUCGACGCAAGGCUUCCUACUUUUUCGACCUGGUUAGUUUUGUUCUUAGGUUGUUCUUUCAAACUCUGUCUCCACUGUGGUCCUGGAUUUUGCGGAUCCCGGGUGUUGAGUUCCUCUGCAUACGAGCUCGAUUGUUAUGCGUAAGAGUCCAAAACUUCGCCUCGCUGACUUGGCGAGGCAGAAGAAAUGAGCCGAGUGAGAACAACAGGUACUCUUCGGAUGAGGAGGAAGGGAUCAGCGGGGGUCUUUACAAUGGCCCCACUGUGAGGAGCCCCAGUGAGGUCCCCGAAAAACCGGACGAGCCUACAGAGGUUAAGGUAGAGAAGGAGUUCAGCGGAAAUGAAUAUCGAGUCGACGAAACGGAUGAUUUCUACUGCGACUAUGAUUCAACAUGGGAGGAUGAGAAUGAGGGACCCCCAAGAAGGAGCAGGACCUUCCAAACCAGAAGGAACAGAACUUACAAGUUCAUCAGGUUUGAAAAUGCUGCUAAAGACAUGCAGAACUACAGGCACGACUACCCAAACCUUCACCGGACACGACACUUUGGGCAAGAAAAUGAUGAAAAGCCCAAUCUGAGCUUCUACCUCGGGGAUACAUCAUCUUUACCAGACGGGGUCUACAUUCAUCAGUUCCACAAUGAAUGGAAAGGAAAGUAUGCCAAACUGGAGCAUACACACAGCUAUAUUCAGUGGCUGUUUCCUCUGCAGGAACCCGGGGUGAACUAUGAAGCAACAACCCUGACGAAGCAGGAAAUUCAGGAUUUUCUUGAUAGUACAACUGCAAGGAAGAAUCUACUUAAGUCUUACGAGCUCAUGUUGGAUUUUUAUGGCAUCAAGUUAGAAAAUGAGGAAACAGGAAAGGUCGCGAGAGCAGACCACUGGAUUGACAGGUUCCAGAAUCUGAACAAUCACACACACAACAACUUGCGCAUCACCCGCAUCCUGAAGUGCCUGGGAACUCUUGGAUACCGUCACUACCAAGUGCCUCUGGUUCGGUUCUUCCUGGAAGAGACUCUGGUCAAUGGUGAACUUCCGAGGGUCAAAGACAGCGCCCUGAGCUACUUCUUGUUUGCUGUUCUCGAUAAGCAAGAACGCAGGAAGCUUCUCAAGUUUGCCUAUGAUCACUACAACGAUAGUGAGCCGUUUGUGUGGUGCCCGAAGAAAAUCCAGGACGCAUGGUCAAAAGCUUGGCAGGAACAGGACCAAUUUAGUUUAGAAGGAAACGACUGGGACAACAUGUCAAUGCACAACUGAUGAUGUAGCAAUAAAUAUGCAAUAAGAAUAAAAAUUUAAUGCACAACCUGUUGAACAUUUGUUCAGAAGCUUUAUAUCUGUAAAGUAUUGGAGAUUAGAGUCUAUUAAUCUCCACUUUAAAGUGAAGAUUGAGAUGAAAGCAGUUGUUUGUUGAGGUAUAACACCUACUAGUCAUGUUUGCAGUUUUUCCAGUUGUUUACUUAUUCUUCCUGUUCUUAUGCACUGAAUGUGUGUUUUACACUAAGACAAAUAAAGUACAUUACAGCACCUUCAGAAAAAAGGUGAACAUAAACUGGAUUAUUUUUUCAUAUCUAUCGUUUAGUUUGAUUUUCAGAAUUGAAAUGUCUACACUUAAAUUGUUCUGAGUUCUUGAAUUGUAAUUCAUGCCUUUUCUUCAUUAAAAGAAUAAAACCUCACUCCA